CCCCGCCCCUACGGACGCAUGCUUGGAAGACAUGCGCUUUGCGGCAAAGUCCUCCUUUUCUCCACACACGCUUCUAAGCCUCGGCACAUCUCCUCACAUCGCUACUAACUACACUUUAUUCAUCUUCCGUGUCAGGGUAAACUCCACUCGUCUCAGCCACAUUUGGAGAUUAUUAGGCCCGCUUAGCUUGAUAGUUGUUUGAGUGCGCCAAUUAGCUUAGCAUGCCAGUUAGCUUAGCUUGUUAGCCGCUAACAAAGAGACGCGGAUUUGAUCAACACAUCGCUUAGUUAAGAUCAAGUGUGAGUGUAAAGUGUUGUGAUUGUGUGAAAAUGUGCGAAAGAACGAUAGAAAAGUAUGAGGAGGAACUUUGUUGUGUGAAAAUGUGUGAAAGAACGAUAGCAGAGUACAAAGAGGAACUUUCUCGUACAAAAGAAGAGAACGAGAGACUACGUCAACUAUUGGAGGCUGUUUUCAAGAAACCUCAAGUUGUGUUACACAGAACAGAUGUCUGUGAAAAAUAUCGCCCACCUGAGCAGCAGGAGGGGUCCUCCAGUAUGGCGCAGAAGAAGUCACAGUACCUCCACGUGAAAGAAGAGGAGCCACAGCCCCCCUACUUUAAAGUGGAGGAAAAACAGCGGCUGUCCCCCCACUUCAUAAAGGAAGAGAAGAGACACCUCGUCAGUGUGAAGAGUGAAGAUGAUGAGGUCAAAGCAUCGCCGGUAAAAACCAAACAAGGGACUUUUGCAUCUCUUGACACUGGAGCAACUUAAAUCCGUCGAUUGAUGUCUGUGAAGAACAUCUUCACCCUGAGCAACAGAAGUGGAGCUUCAGGAUGCGGACGGAGGAGCCACAGCCCUCCCACAUUAAGAAGGAAGAGGAAUACCUUCAGAUCCCCCAUUUUAAAGAGGAAGAGGAGGACCAACUAACACCCCAUUUUAAAGAGGAAGAGGAGGACCCACUGAUACCCCUUUUAAAAGAGAAAUCGGUGAAGAGUGAAGAUGAUGAGGUGAAAGGUGAAAGUGAGGAGAGGGGAGGGGGGGAGCCUCCAAGCAGCAGCUCAACACAACACAUGACAACAGAAGCUGAUGGAGACCACUGUGGAGGAUCACAAGCAGACAAGCUCUUAGCUCCACUAUCAGAUAGUGAGGACACAACGUCACACUCUCCUGACACUGAUGAUGAAGACUCUAAAGAUGAUAAGACAUGUCACACUGACAACACUCACUUCACAUCUUCUCUCUGUCACAAAACUUUUAAAGACCAUUGUCGUCUAAAAACACACAUGAGAACACACACUGGAGAAAAACCUUUUAUCUGUUCACUCUGUGGUAAACGUUUUGCACGAAGUUCAAGUUUGGUAAAACACAUGAGAACACACACUGGUGAAAAACCUUUCUCUUGUUCAAUCUGUGGUAAAGGUUUUAGAGAAAGUCAACAUUUGAAAAGACACAUGAAAACACACACUGGUGAAAAACCUUUUUCCUGUUCAACCUGUGGUAAAAAUUAUACUCAAAGCCAUAAUUUGAAAACACACAUGAGAAUACACACUGGAGAAAAACCUUUUUCAUGUUCAAUCUGUGGUAAAAAUUUUACUCGAAGGCAAAAUUUUAAAACACACAUGACAAUACACACUGGAGAAAAACCUUUUUCAUGUUCAAUUUGUGUCAAAAAUUUUACUCAAAGGCAAUCUUUGAAAAUACAUAUGAGAUUACACAAUGGAGAAAAAAAUGUUUCCUGCUCAGACUGUGGUAAAAGUAUUGUAAUAAAUCAAAGUUAAAAAUUACAUAUGAGAACACACACUGGAGAAAAACCUCUUUCAUGUUCAAUCUGUGGUAAAAAUUUUACUCGAAGGCAAAAUUUCAAAACACACAUGACAAUACACACUGGAGAAAAAACUUUUUCCUGCUCAUAACGUGGUAAAAAUUUUACUCGAAGGCAAAAUUUUAAACACACAUGAGAAUACACACUGGAGAAAAACCUUGUUCCUUCUCAUAAUGUGGUAAAAGUUUUGUCAUAAGACAAAGUUUAAAAGUAAAAAUGAGAACACACUCUGGUGAAAAACCUUUCAUAUGUUCAGUAUGUUGUAAAAGUUAUAUAGAAAGACGACAAUUAAAAUUACACAUGAGAUCGCACUCUGGAGAAAACCCAUACUCCUGUUCAAGCUGCAAUAAAAGCUUUGGUCACCUAAACACUCUUACAGUGCAUAUGAGAACACACGCAGGUGAGAAAGUGUGGAGUUGCAGUGUGUGUGGUGAAAGAUUGUCUUCUAAGUACCAGUGUAAGAAACACAAGUGUGCUGGUGAGAACAGCAGCAGCAAAUGAAACUGCAGGAUUUGAAAUAAACUGUCCAGACUUUCAUUUUGACUUUCUAACAACAUCAGCACAUAUAACAUGUGUGACAUCGUUGUUGUGUGUGUAACACAAUCUUGUUUAUAUGAUUCUAACAUUUAUAGAUUAGAGACUUCAGAUUAGUGUGUUUAUCACAGUCAAGUACAUGAGUUAAUAUACACAUUUGUGUACUUUGAAAUGAACAGAACAAUUUGACUGAAAGGGUGAGAAUAAACAGUACAUAAAAUAUGUUACAUACAAUAAAUAUUGUAUGUGUAAAUAUCCAUAAUUUACCUCUAUACUUAUUCAUAAUAGUGUUUUAUAUGUUUUUUGAAGAAUGGUUGAUUGGCAACACUAAAUGUUCCCUAGUGUGUGAAUGUGAGUGUGAAUGUUGUCUGUCUAUCUGUGUUGGCCCUGCGAUGAGGUGGCGACUUGUCCAGGGUGUACCCCGCCUUCCACCCGAUUGUAGCUGAGAUAGGCGCCAGCACCCCCCGCGACACCGAAAGGGAAUAAGCGGUAGAAAAUGGAUGGGAUGGAUGGACGUGUUACAUAUUUUAUUUUCUAAUUGUAGAUAAUUCCAUAGAUGAAUUCCUUUUAUACGAUGUACAUAUUUGUUUUACAUGUGUUCAUACCUUUGCUUUUGAGUACACAUAAAUCCCUCUUAGUUCAUAUUUACUGGUUCACAUCUGAAACAUCUUCUGGACCACUUCUGGAAGCAUAUUAUUAUUUAAUUCAUACAU